ACUUGGUCACGCAGAAGAACUUGUUUGAGUCCGGACUGCUGCAAGGAAUGGCUGGCAUCAUAAGGGGAAGCACGAAGGUGGCCGUGGACAUUGAUGAGGCCGAGAUGCAGAAGCGGCUGAGGGAGUCGCGGGCCAAGAAAGCUGAAAAGAGUGCCGGAAAACGACCCAGGGAUGAUGAUGAGGGUCGGGUUGCGGAUGUGCUGGGCAAGAGGAAAGCCAUAGAGGAGGCGCACCAGCAUGUGAUGGGCUCGGGGCCGAGACUUCCGCCCUUUGAUCUGCAGGCCCCGCCGAAGCUACCCUUCGGCAUGGAGGAUGUAUUCGCCGAGGGGGUAGAGAAGGUUGACUUCGGCAGGCUUCGGCAGCAGAAGGAGGUCAACCUGGCGAUGCACCGACAGGAGGUGCCCUUGGUGAACGUCUUCUUGGAAGGCGUGAAGAGCGACCCUGAGGCCCUGGCAAAGACUCCAGCUUCAUCCUUCGUUGACCGGGCCCAGAAGACGAUCCUCACCUCUGCCUAUGCGUUUGGCGAGAUGUACGUCAGCAUGGCCAAGGCUGACAAGGAGAUCCAGAGGCUGAAGAGGCGAGAUCAGCAGGCCAAGAGCAAAGUGGCGGAGGCAGAGGAGGCCAUCCGAGAGAAGAACGCCUUGCUGGCGCAAAAGGCGGCCCUGGCCAAGGAGGUGGCGGCUCGGACCAAGGAGGUGGAGGAGCUGAAGAGGUCGAAGGCCGAGGAGGUGGCUGCUGCCCGAGCCGAGGCGAUCGAGUCCUACCGAUCCUCAGAGGAGCUGAAGAGUUAUAUCAUGGAUCGGCUGGUUGAUGAGCAGCUUCGCUGGGAAGAUAGGUUGGUGAGGUUCAACCCCUCACUGGAUAUUAACUUUGACACCAGCGGCGAGCCUCCUGCCCAGACCCCUCCUGCUGAUGCUAGCACCCCGACACCUGAGGCGGAGCCGGCUACUGAGGAUGCACCGUCGACCGAGUCCUGAAGGCGUUGCCUUCGUGAUGUAUGAUAGUUAUUUUGUACUUUAGUUAAUUUGUUGAAACAUUUUGCCUUGCAUGGAGCAAGGUGGUUUAUUUUGGUUAUGUAUGAACCUGUCCUUGCCUGGAGCAAGGCUGUUUUUUAUUUAUGAAAUGAGACUUAGCUUGA